CAUUCGCGCAGCUACGCUGAACGCGAACUCUUGGUCAAGACGUGAAUGUACCGCGGCUUAAAGACCUGUCAUUCAGCUGCGCACGCACCUGUAUAUUGUCUAGUGCGAUGGGCUCGCAACCAUUACACGUUGCGCUGCCAUCCGAACUAUGGGACGACAUCAUCGACGAGCUGUCAUCCAAUUUUCCGACCCUCCGAGCCUGCGCAUUGACACAGCGGGCAUGGGUACCAAGGACGCGGCGAUACCUGUUCAAGGCGGUCUCGCUGAAGGGCGUCGAUCGCUGUAGAGCAUUACAACACAUCAUCCGUUCAUCCUCAUCGACUGGCACUGGAGUGGCGCAGUGCGUCCGCGAUGUCACACUCACCGCAUUCUGCCUACGUCUCGAUGUUCCUGAGGAUCCCGAGGCGUCCGACAUACCACUCCUGGAAAAAGUACUCUCGGCAUUGCCCAACGUGAAUUGCUUGCGGCUAGUUGGCGUGGAUGUCAAAUGUAGGCCGACGAUGCGCGCGGGCGACGCCUUGGACGACGAAUACCCCGAUAAGCCGCCUCAAUCACUGUUCACCUUACUGUGGUUGCAGACGCUACACGUUAUGUCAACCACAUUGGAUUCGGCGUCUGACAUCUUGCUCCUUCUCAUCGCUUUUCCGCAAGUGUCAUGCCUGCAUCUGCGGGAAUUGCGUCCUCCUCUACAGAGCCUACUACUCCAUGGGCCCGCGCGAUUACCGGCAAACAGAAAUGCCACCUCGGACUCUAAGAUCUGUAUCCGGGAGAUGUCGAUCGCCUCGUCGACGCACCCAGUGCCCUUGUGGGUGCUAAGUGUGCUUAGGCAACCGCCUUUCAAAUGCGCCUUCCAGAAGCUUGCGUUGGGCUGGUUAAGUGACCAAGCAGUGGAGACGUCCUUCCAAGGAAUGGUGGACGAAGCGAAGGACACCUUGGAGGAUCUCGGAAUGCACUGUGCGGUGAAUUCAGGCCUGCUCGAGACAAUGGAUCUAUCCCAGCACUCGCUCCUCAAGCUCCUAAAUGUCUUUGUAAUGCGCUCUUUAAUCGCUGACGCGCCUACCUAUGCGUUUCCGCCGACGUUUCUAGCGUUUCUCUCUCGCACUCCCAAUAGUCUGCGGACCCUCCACGUGCCUAUCACUCAGAUAGUGCAUUCAGAGGGCACCCCUGAGUGGUCAUUCAUGGAUUGGCCGAGCUUUGAUGAAACGCUCGUGCUCCUGCACAAGCGAAACCCCCACUUGGUCGUCUCCAUAAUCUUGACCGUCGGUCUGGAGCGGGGGGACAGACGCUGGACUCCACGGGUGGUCAAGUCGUUGGUGGUGCUGCCACUGCUGUCACGGCUGCAUUGCUCUCUACUUGCAGGGCUGCGUGUCCAUCUGGUGUUUGGUUCCCAGGCAUUGGUACCGGAAGAGCAGCGACCUGGUUGUUCGCCCGACGGAACACCGAAGGUACGUUACCUCUGGAAAUUGGAGGAGAUCAAAGAAGCAGACACACAGGUAUGAAGCCCACAAGUUCUGCACGCUGCAGCCAGUAUCUGUCAUGGUAUACUCUGGUCGACGGAGAAUUCGGAGACCUUUAGGCUGAGGCUCGAGUUGAUCCACGAAUGUCGUGUACGAUGUCAUAGAUGCCAUGCUUACAACCAACAUUGGCCCACUAGAAGUCGAAUCCGCUGCAAAACACAUGUGCCUCACCUCUAUCAUGGAUAAUUCACAAUGUAGAUUGAGAGGCUCUGGGAAACCGCUGAAUUGCGGACCUGUCAUCACA